UUUUUUUUUUUUUAAAAUCACAUAGAUCUAUCUUAUUCUAUAAUGGCAGGAAUUAAAAGUAAACAAGGGCGUAAUGCUGAUCGUUUUAGUGGACCAAAGGGAAAGAAGGAUCCUGGAAUCCCUAAUUUAGCUAAUUUUAAACAAAAGAAAAUAAAUAAAGAAGAAACUAAAAGAAAAAAGAUUGCUGGUAAUAAAGAACGUCAAGACUUGGCUCGACAGAAAUUGCAAAACCGAAAUAGAAAUCUAAAUUUAUAUGAAUUGGUAAAGAAUGCAGAAAAGAGAAGCCAAGAAUUUUCAGAAAAUACAGAGAUAGAUACAGAUGAUAAGGAUAUAACCGAUGCUGCAGCUACAGGACAAAAAGAUAAUUCUAAAAAGGCUUAUUAUCGAGAAUUCAGAAAAGUAUUAGAAGGAGCAGAUGUGAUUUUAGAAGUCUUGGAUGCACGUGACCCCUUAGGUACUCGCACAAAAAGCGUAGAACGUAUGGUGAUGGACAGUGGGUUGAAUAAGAAGAUUAUUCUUAUUCUAAAUAAAAUAGAUUUAGUGCCAAAAGAGAAUGUAGAACAAUGGUUAAAAUAUUUACGAAAUGAAUAUCCUGCUAUUGCUUUUAAAGCUUCAACACAAAAUCAACGUCAUCAUCUUGGACAAUCGAAUGUAUCUACAGAUAUUGCAACCACCAGCAUGUUGAAUUCUUCUGAAUGUUUAGGUGCUGAUACGUUAAUCAAGUUAUUAAAGAAUUAUUGUAGAAAUAUGAAUAUUAAGACCACGAUUACAGUGGGUAUUAUUGGUUAUCCAAAUGUGGGUAAAUCCUCGGUUAUCAAUUCACUUAAGAGAUCCAAAGUAUGCGGUGUUGGUUCUACACCUGGUUUUACUAAAGUAGCUCAACAGAUCACACUCGAUAAAAAUAUUAAAUUACUUGAUUGUCCUGGUAUUGUAUUUGCACAGCAAGGACAAGAUGGACAUAAUGCAGCAGAAAUUACACUAAGAAAUUGUGUUAAAGUUGAAUUAUUAGAAGAUCCUAUUACACCUGUGGAAGUGAUUGUUUCUAGAUGUACAACUGAACAGUUAAUGGCCAUGUAUAAUGUACCUUAUUUCAAUAAUGCACAUGAAUUUUUAGUAUUAUUAGCUCAACAACGUGGUAAACUUAAAAAGGGAGGAGUUGCAGAUGUACAUCAAGUGGCUCGACAUGUAUUACAAGAUUGGAAUGGAGGAAAGAUCCCAUAUUACACAAUCCCUCCUUCUUCAAAACAAAGUCAUAUCGAAGCUUCUAUUGUAAAUUCCUGGGGUAAAGAACUUGAUUUAGAUCUUCAAUCUGCUGAUUCAGUUUUGGUUAGUCUUAAACCAAGUCACGAAUUUGGAUCUAGUGUCGUUAUGCCAAUGAUGAUAUUGAUAUGUCUCAAGAUAUUGACUUGGACGGAUCUAUGCUAUUAGAUUCAUCCAUGGACACUGAAGAGAUGUCAACAGAUAUGACAUCACAACCUAUUAUUCAAGUAGAUCGAAUGUUAAUGAUGAAAAAGAAAAAUACCAUAAACCAGAUUAGACCACAAACUAUUUUAUCACAUACUGAAGAAGAACUCAAUCCACAAAUUAAUCAACAAUUAAAGAAACAAUUAAAAGCACAACAAAAGAAAGCAAGAAAACAACAGCAACAACAACAUUCAUUUGGUGAAGGUCAU